AUGUCUACUGCCUGUACCACUGAGAAACAUGUUUUUCCUACUAUAAAGGAGGUGGCAAAUUUUUCUUCAGAGCUAAUCACCAAAACUGCAACUGAAGCAAUUUCUCAGAGAGGAGUCUUCACCUUGGGGGUAUCAGGGGGAAGCAUAAUCGGUAUUCUCGCCGACAAGUUGCUUGACAAUCCACUUGUUGAAUGGGGAAAGUGGAAAGUUUUCUUUUGUGAUGAAAGGUUGACUGAGUUUUCAAACAGUGAUAGCACAUAUGGCCAAUUUAGGGAAAAAUUAAUUGACAAGGCCAAUUGUCACGACUCCUGGUUUCCAAUCGACCCCAAUCUUCCGGUGGCCGAAUGUGCAGUGGAUUAUGAAAGUAAACUACGUUCAGUAUUCUCUGGUGAAUUACCUAAGUUUGACUUGCUUCUGUUAGGAAUGGGACCAGAUGGUCACACCUGUUCAUUGUUUCCAGGACAUAAGUUGCUGAAUGAAACAAAAAGUUGGAUUGCUCCAAUCGAUGAUUCGCCCAAACCUCCGCCAUGUCGAGUUACUAUGACUUUUCCAGUACUAAACAACGCUUGCAAUGUUGCUUUCAUUUCAACAGGAGGAAGCAAGGCGGAUACAAUUAAAAAAAUUUUUGCUUCUCAUUCCGAUGGAAAACCUCUUCUUCCUGCUGCUCGUGUGCAACCAAAGAAUGGUGUUUUGCAUUGGAUCAUGGACCAAUCUGCAGCCAGCAAAUUGUAG